CUUCACAAUACUCUUCGGAAGUAUCAAACAGAAAUUAAAUGAAAACCUUUCAACUUCACGGAGCAAUUUCAUAAGUAUCAACACAGCGGCCGCCCCUUGGUUCCGACUUGGUGCUGCUUAUGAUUCGAAGAUGGAAGAGGAAGACGAUAAGAAAAAAGUUGUGAAGAAAGCCUAUCCUCAAGCCGAGGAAGAAGAUAACGACAGCGAUGAUUGCUAUGAAAUCGAUCCAAUCGAUUUCACCACAAAGCUCGAAUUCAGCUCUUCCGACGACGACUGCGUCGCCAUUGUUGCACACAAGGGGCAUGUGGCUCUUAGGGAUUUUCCACAUCCAAGGCAUCUAUGCGGUAACUUUCCUUUUAGUCGAACUACACAUGAGACCUUUUGCAGUAAGUGCUUCUGUUAUGUUUGCGAGGUGGCUGCCCCUUGUUCGGAGUGGUGGGGAAAGAAUGGUCACUGCAAUGUCUCCCAGAAGGAAUUAGAAGGCGAACCUUUGGUUAUUUGUUCCAUGUAGGAAGAAAGAAAGAAGAAAUGAGGCAUAUUAAAUUUGUGUUAGUCGUUUCUUUUCA